AUGUCUCCAGGACUCUUCGUUGGUCGCGAUGCUGAGCUCAGAACCAUCCGAAAGGAUCUCCAUCCAAGCAGCCAGGGCGGACAAAGAAAGCAGCAGCAGCAGCAGCGUCUCGCUAUUGGGGGGAUAGGCGGUGUUGGAAAGACGCAAAUUGCCCUCACCUAUGCUCAAACCCCGCAUGCGUCCUAUGAAACAGUCCUUUGGUUCAACGCUGCGACAGAGAUAUCUUUGAAGAACAGUUUUGCGACAGCUGCGGGACUCAUUUUUGGAAGUAAAGUUUCGCAAUCAUUGGAGGGCAACGAAGCUGUGAGAAGAACAAGAGAAUGGCUUUCUGACCCCGAAAACUCAAAAUGGCUCUUGAUAUUCGACAAUUACGACAAUCCCAGUGACUUUAAACUUGAUUCCUACUAUCCACCUGCUGCUCAUGGCGCUAUUAUAAUUACCACGCGACAGGCCGAUCAAGUGACCGGGAGAACUGCACUGUCAGAACGUGACAACCUCUUAUCAGUGCAGCUUGCCGAGCGGCUGGCUGGCUUACCUCUCGCGCUGGCCACUGCGGGUGCGUACCUCCGGAAAAGCCCUUUUACCUUCCAGCGCUACCUUCAAGAAUAUGAGAACCGAUGGAACAUUGAUCCUCGUCGCCCUGUCAAGCUUCAAGAAUACCAGGAACGUACACUCUACACAACCUGGGAGAUAUCAUAUAAUCGACUGAUGAAAGACGAUACAGAAGCGGCGGCUAUGCUUAGAAUACUGGCUUAUUUUGACAAUCAAAGUCUGUGGUAUGAGCUUUUUCGUGCUGGUCUCAAGGAUGGGUGUCCUCUGUACGAAGUGAUCAACAAUGACAUUAGUUUUAAUGGGGCUAUGACAGUUCUGGCCGAAUAUUCAUUCCUCGAAUUUCACCCAGGUUUGAAAGAAUGGAGCAUGCAUAAGUGCGUGCAUGACUGGGUAUCGGCCAGCCUGAGGAAGGCUGUUGGUCGUCAAGGCUACUGGUAUGCCUUUGGCUGUGUCUCAGGGUCUAUCGAAGUGAGCGAUGAAGAAUCACUUGCAUAUCCUCUCUACUCCCGUUAUGUCCCACAUGCAAAGCAUCUUAGUCAGAGCCGUUUCCUCACAUCUGACAUCAUUGAGAUGAUUACGCCCGAGAGGCUGCGUGCUGUUAGGGGUAUCUCCUCGUUGCUUCUGUACCAAACACAGUAUGACUCUGCGGUAAGGCUCCUGAAGUUAUUCCUUCAAAGUCAGGCAGCCCAUGACCCCGAUGACGAUGUGACUCUCUCCAUUAUGAAUGAUCUUGGCUAUCUCUACUUUGCGCAAAAGAGGUAUUCUGAAGCUAAAGAACUUCUUGGAACGGCGUUAACUAGAAAGGAGAAAAUUCUUGAGGCCAAUGAUUUAUCUCUUGUUGGUACAAGGAUAAACUUAGGCCAUGUGUACACCUUUCAGGGAGACUACCAGGCGGCAAAGGAAAUGUAUCUUCAAGCAUUGUUUGGGAAAGACGUCGCAGCGGAUGGGCACAUACUAGCGACUCUCCUUCUAGCGAGAGUGAAAAGCAGAUUGCAUAGCAACAGCAAACAUAAUGAUUUCGCAUGUCUAUACUGGCGCCUAGAAAUAGCCCACAACGAGAAGUCACUCAUACACUCGGGGCUGGUGACCGACUUACUCGAUGUAAGCGACAAUCUUUGUCACUUGCUCGGACUUACAGGCAAAAAGAACGAAGCAGAGCUGAUGUUGAAAGAGGUCAUUUUGAUAAGAGAGACCCUCCAGGGCCCGGCUCAUUCUUCAACACUCGUAUCAGUCAGUAUUCUCGGUUUCUUGUAUAAAGACCAGGGCAAGUUUGAUGAUGCCGAGAAACUCUAUGAACGUGUCUUUACCGAAAGGGAAAAGCUGUAUGGUCCAAACCACUAUUCUACCAUUAAGGUUCUUCAAGACCUAGGUCACUUACACCUCAAGCAAAACCACUUUCAAGACGCCGAGGAUUCAUAUACUAGAGCACUUAAUGGACUUAAGAGAACAUUAGGGCCACACGACGAAAGGACAAUCCAGGUGAUGCUCGAUCUUGCGUUUCUUUAUGAGAACCAUGGAAAGAGCGUCGCUGCCGAACAGAUGUAUACACAAGCAUUGACUAUGCGAGAAGCGCUGUUGGGAUCCAGUGAUCCCUUGACACUUGACAUUGCUGCCCGCCUCGGUCAAUUAUAUCUCACGAUGCGCCGGCUGGAUGACGCAGAAAAUAUGCUUCUGCGAGUGCUUGGGUACCCAAGCAGUCCUCAGGCUGUGGGCUUAGAAGUCAUUAAACGAUCAGAUGCCGCACUCAACCUUUCCAGCUUAUACAUGCUGACCAAACGAUUGCAUGAUGCCGAAAGACUUCUCUUACGCAUGUCUACUGUCAUAGCUCAAACCCCCGAUCCAGAUAACUUUUGGCUUAGGAAUGGCCAGCUUGAUAAGGCGGAAAAGGAGUUUAUUACAAUUCGAGAGGGAUGCAAGGAGGUCUGGGGCUCGGAGCAUCCACUAACAGCUGUCGUGUCCGAAAGCCUUGCCAAGGUCUAUGAGCAAAAGCAAUUUCAAUGA